CUCACCCAGGUCACUGCCUGGGGUCCAGGCUGGCUCCAAACCCAUGAAAAUUUGCCAAGUAUAAAAGCUUCUCGAGAAUGAGAUGGAUCCUGGGUCAUCUACCCCCGAGAAACCAGACAAAGAAAAUUUAGUAGGCAUCAACAGCAAAGGCCUCGGUGUGUGCGGCUGGAUCCUGUUCUCCCUUUCCCUAUUGUUGAUGAUCAUUACCUUCCCCAUCUCCAUAUGGAUGUGCCUGAAGAUCAUUAAGGAGUAUGAACGUGCUGUUGUGUUCAGACUGGGACGCAUCCAAGCCAACAAGGCCAAAGGCCCAGGUUUGAUCUUGGUCCUGCCCUGCAUCGACGUGUUUGUCAAGGUUGAUCUCAGAACUGUUACUUGCAAUAUUCCUCCACAAGAGAUCCUCACCAGAGACUCUGUGACAACACAGGUGGACGGAGUCGUCUAUUACAGGAUCUACAGUGCCAUCUCAGCUGUGGCUAAUGUCAACGACGUGCACCAAGCCACAUUUCUGCUGGCUCAGACCACGCUGAGAAAUGUCUUAGGGACACAGACUUUGUCCCAGAUCUUAUCUGGCCGAGAAGAAAUUGCCCAUAGCAUCCAGACCUUACUCGAUGAUGCCACGGAGCUGUGGGGCAUCCGCGUGGCUCGUGUGGAAAUCAAGGACGUGCGGAUCCCAGUGCAGCUGCAGCGGUCCAUGGCCGCAGAGGCCGAGGCCACUCGCGAAGCCCGGGCCAGGGUCCUGGCCGCAGAGGGGGAAAUGAAUGCCUCCAAGUCUCUCAAGUCGGCCUCCAUGGUCUUGUCCGAGUCCCCCAUAGCUUUGCAGCUGCGCUACCUACAAACGUUGACCACUGUGGCCACCGAGAAGAAUUCCACGAUCGUGUUCCCUCUGCCCAUGAACAUACUGGAGGGCAUAGGUGGCAUCAGCUAUGAUAACUUCAAGAAGCUUCCUAACCGAGCUUGAGGGCCUCUGCCGCAGGUGACAAUAUUAGGGAGUUUGAUCUCUUUCCACGGAGAGACCAGCAGCUAGAAGUGUGGAGACUCAACACAAUUCGGGCAGAGCAGCUCCAUGCUAGUGUAGCAUUAGCAGGGAAUAAUGUGGUAGAGGCAUCCCCAAACUAAAAGAGAGCAGAAAUAAAGGCUGGAUGCUACUUCUCUAUUUAAGAACGAAAGUGACUUGGCAUGCUUAUUUCUAAUAAGACACGAAUAGCUGGUGGCUGAUGUGUAGCAGGAGCUUUCUUCGCCGUAGAUUUAAAUAAUUAUUUAAAUUAUUGGAAGUUCUUUGAAAUACUUUAGAUCAUGUAUCAAGUCCUAUAGAUCUCCUACUUAUUAUAGAUAUUGGCUUGAUUAUUUCAAAGUAAUGCCUUGAUGUCUCUAAUCAUUAUGAUGCCUCCCUUCCCCCAAUUUCCAGCCCCACCCCCACCUCCCUGCCAUCACAGCUUAAAGUUUGGGUGACAUGAGUUUGGGUGUUAGGCAAGACCUCAGGUCACUGAGACUCUUAGACUCCUAGUGCAGCCUAGCCACUCCACACCGCGCCCCCUCAGGGGCAGGCUGCACCCACUCUUGGCCUUUGCUUCCAUGCUGCUUGCCCUCAGCUGAAUGGUGACUCAUUCUUUGCCCCCAGCUCCUGUCUCCCAGGUGGGCUGAGGCCUAGGGAGGCAGCAGUGGACAGGCCUUUUAUUUGCAUCCUUGUGAGACAUCUAGCAACGUGUUUCCCUGGGACCUUCGACUUCUCACUGCUGUUAGUUCCAACAGCGCCGGUAACCAGAAUUGUUUGCACACUCUUAUCCCCUACCCAUGCUGUGGGGUAGGAACUCUGUUAGAAAUAAAGAAUUCAUAGAAUUGAAUAUGUUAAA